AUGCCGUACAAUCGAUUUCGACAACUUCUUUCAUUGCUGUAUUUUGUCGAAGAUGAUGAGAAUAGUACAGAUAAACUUCACAAAAUUCGACCUGUAUUAGAAGCUCUAACGGAAAAUUUUCAAAAAGCUUACAGACCAGGUGAAAAUAUUUGCAUCGAUGAAUCGUUGGUACCAUGGAAAGGUCGACUACAUUUCAAACAAUUCAACCCCCUGAAACGCAGUCGCUUUGGCAUAAAACUUUUCGUGUUUUGCGAAUCAAAAACUGGGUAUGUUUAUGACAUUGAAACGUAUGUAGGUAAUGAAAAUGACACUAAUUAUGUCAACAAGGGAAUUGGCAAAUCAGGUUCGGUGGUGAAAAGGCUUCUUGGAGAUCUUUCAGGACAAGGUCGAUCUUUACAUAUCGAUAACUGGUACACUUCGCCACUGCUCUGUAAACAAUUGGUAGACGAGAAAACCAAUGUUUGUGGAACAGUGAGAAUAAAUCGUAAGUACAUGCCAAAGGUAUAA